UAGCUCGUUUGAAAAAGAAGCGAUUGAAGUAGAAUAAUUUUAAUUUUAGAGUAAUUGAGUAAUUAAAAAAAAUUUCAAAAAGUUACUAUAUUCGUUCCGGUCUUAAUGGGUUAUUCAAACGAUCUUAAAAAAAAACAAUAAACUGCCACAUGUUAACAGAUGUUUUUAUCUCAUUUGCAAAUUAAUUGCAUAUUAAAUAUUUACCAAAGAUUGAAGUAUAAAAGUCAUCAACUUAAUUGCAACUGAUCACAUUAAAUUGAGUGUUAUUAAAAGUGUGGGAGCAAGGGUAUUCGUGAUCGGUGAUAUUUUUCCCUUUCCAACUCUGGAAGAUCCCGCAAAUUAAAGUGAUUUAGCACCAAUCUAACCAGUCAGUCUGCCAAUAUUUGUGAUCUUGAAAAUUUUAAUAUUCAAACACCCACCCUCUUAUUCGAUCACUAAUUUUCUAAUAUCUCAAUCACAGCCGACACGAGGAUGAUCUUGCAGAAACUAUUAGCCUUGAGCUUGAUAAUAGGCCCGGUGUUGUGUGAAAAUUUAAAGAGUGUUGCAGAAUGGCGAGAUUUAGAGUUUCAAUUCCCAACACAAGCAGAUAGACAAAAUGCCUUAAUUCAGGGAAAAUAUGUCCCAGGCAAUGGUGUACCAAUUGAUGUGGAUAUUGCCUAUCGAAGUAUGGGUGGAUCAUUAAUUUUUGUGACAAUUCCCCGAUUUACCACCGGAAUUCCCAUCACUUUGGGAACAAUUUCCGGAAUGGCAACAACAAAUGGGCCCAUGAUAACCGCAUAUCCGGACUAUCGAACUCAGAGUAGCCAUGGAAAGGAUUGCGAUGGUAUCACGUCUGUCUUUCGGGUCAGUGUGGACAAGUGUAAGAGACUGUGGGUAUUGGAUACGGGCAAGAUUGGAGAUUCCCAACUCUGUCAGCCACAGCUUCUUGUCUUUGAUCUUACCACCGAUCGUCUGAUUCAUCGCUAUCGCAUCCCAAUAGACCAGUUCAAUUCACCAAAUUCCCUACUCGUCACUUCAGUCGUGGACGUACGAAAUCCACCUCCAGGAAGAUGUGACCAAACAAUGGUCUACAUUGCAGAUGUCACAGGAUUCGGAAUAAUCGUAUACGACUACAAACGCCACAGAUCCUGGAGAGUUCAGAACAAACUCGCCUUCCCUCAUCCCAAGUACGGAACAUUCUCAAUUAAAGGAGACAGUUUUGACCUCAUGGACGGGGUUCUGGGAUUAGCCAUCUCCCCACCAGUGACAAGGACAGCGAGAGGAGGAUAUGGACUUUUCUACCCAUCCUAUGCAGAUGACACUCAAAACACAAUCCUUCCUACUACCAACAGACUUCUAUUCUUCCAUGCUUUGGCAUCAGCAACAGAAAAUGCUGUUCCCUUGUCCCUACUCGAUAACUCAACAAUUUGGGAAGAUGAUCCAGAUGCCAUGCCCCGAAGCUUCAGGGAAAUUGGAUACAGAGGAACCCAGAGUGCAGCCCAAGCAACAGAUUCCAAUGGGAAUUUAUUCUUUGGGCUGAUGAAUCCCAUUGCUAUUGCUUGCUGGGACACGAAUACCGAGUACACCAAGAGGAACAUCAAGAUUGUGGCCCAGAAUGAUGAAACCCUCCAGUUUGCCAGUGGACUGAAAAUUGUCAUGAAUGGACGAGGGGAAGAGGAACUUUGGGUGCUGACCUGCCGGUUCCAGAAGACAAUGACAGGGACGAGGAAUUUCAAAGAGAUCAACUUCCGGAUCCAGGCGCUUCAAGUCAGUAAAUUGCUCGGAGGGACAAGAUGCAGAGGAAGCGAUACGACUAGCUUUGCAUUCCCAGAAUUUUAAGAUCUAAUUUUACUAAUUACUGCAUUUUGCAUUUACAAUAAACAGGAUAAUGUAAGUGAGAGUGAGGAAUAAAGAUAAUUCUCCAAAGAAA